UGGGUGGCUGCGCAGGCGGCUGACAGCGGCAGAGGAUGGAGCCCGUACUGACGGCUUCGCCUCUCCCCUGGGAGCGGCAGAGCCUGGACGGACCGGGCAGGAGGACGCAGCAGCUGGCCGCGCACCGUGUGGGCAGCCGCAGUGGCUGAGCUGGGUGAAGAAGAGGGAGCCGUGACCUAAGGCGUCCGCUGAGUCUGGGCUUUCCUUCUGUCCCGGCAGGCGAUGGGAGCAUGAGUGAAAAUGAGCGGGACCUCCAGCGAGAUGGCCCAGAGGCAGCCCGACCCUGUGGGGCCACUCCGGACUUUUUCGUGGGAGAAGCUUCACCUCCAGGCUGCGACCAUGAAGUGUCCCACCCGAGACCAAGCCUUGGCGCCGUGGAGACGAGGCCGGAGAAGAAGGUUCGCUGCGCCUUGCGGAAGCGUAAAGAGACAGCGGUGCCCCAGAGAGCGCUCCUGGGGGAGAAGCCCCACAUCUGCACCGAGUGCGGGCAGAGCUUUAACCGCGGCUCCGACCUGAGCCGCCACCAGCGGAUUCACAGCGGCGAGAAGCCGCACGCCUGUGCCGACUGCGGCAAGAGGUUCGGCCGCCGCUCCCACCUCCUCCAGCACCGCCGCGUUCACACGGGCGAGCGGCCCUACCGCUGCCAGGAGUGCGGGAAGAGCUUCAGGCAGAGCACACACCUGCUGCAGCACCGGCACAGCCACGGCGGGGAGGCGCCGCACGUCUGCGCCAAGUGUGGCAGGAACUUCUACCAGAACUCGGGGCUGCUGCGCCACGCCGGCUUCCACACGGGGGACAAACCCCACAGGUGCCCCCAGUGCGGGAAGCGCUUCGGCGACAGCUCCAACCUGGUCGCCCACCAGCGGCUCCACACGGGAGAGAAGCCCUACAAGUGUGCCGACUGCAGCAAGUGCUUCAGCGAGAGCUCAAAGCUGGUCAUCCACCGGCGUGUGCACACCGGGGAGAAGCCCUACCCCUGCCCCGACUGCGGCAAGUGCUUCAGCCAGCGCUCGCACCUUGUCCAGCACGGUCGCGUCCACACCGGGGAGAAGCCCUACAGGUGUGCCGAGUGUGGCACCUGCUUCGGUGACAGCUCUACCCUCAUCCGGCAUCGUCGCACCCAUACCGGGGAGAAGCCUUUCAAGUGCUCCCACUGUGGGAAGAGCUUCAGUCGCAACUCCUACCUGGCCUCGCACCAGCGGGUGCACGAGUGGUAGGCAGCAGCGCUGGGUGGAGCUGCCCUUUUCAGUCACUCCUCCUCCCAGCACACCUUGGGCACGGACCGGGAGGGAGCCGUAGCUGUGGUGGGUAGUUCUGCACCCCAAGGCGCUGUCGUCGUCCUUCCCUGAUGCGAGGGUCAGAUGCCAUCUGCCAGGUGGGCGAGAUGCUGGUACUUUCACCCACCUCCCCAUGACAGGUGUCAGCCUGGGAGCUUGAGGAGAGCACAAACAGUGGCAGGCUGCAUGAGGAGAAGCUGCUUGGCCAUGCAACGUGCGCACGUGUGGUCAUGUCAAGGGACCUAAAUGGGAGAGGGGGUCCUUAACAGGACUCCUUCCACUUGCAGCUGAAACGUUGUGCACAGGUCUCUUGAAGCUCACCGUGCCUGAGGUCUCAGCCAGCUCUGUGUCUCACACAGCAGCCAGGAAGGUCAGAGCUGAGCCAGAUCCUGCUGAGUACUAGAUGAACUCAGAUGAUCUUGGAACUAGAUGAUCUUUAAGGUCUCUUCCAACUCAAACCAUUCUGUGACUCUGUGAGUAGCUGGAGACUGCAUUAUGCAGAUACAACAUGGGCCAACUGGAAGUCCAGGCAAAGGCCGCCUGAGUCUGCUUGUAAAAGAAAACAUAGGCAUAGCAGGAACCAAAGGAGGAAAGGUUUUCUGCCUGCAGGGGUUGACUGCAAAUGCUGCUUGGAGGGAAGGAGCAAGACAGCUGCAAGACAGGGGCAUGGCCUCUUCUGGAAUCUCAGAACUGGGGUGUAGAAAGCUGCCAUCCCUGAAGGCUUGAAGCAAGGGACAAUCAGAAUGACCCCUGUUGCUGCUAAGACUGUGGUGUGCCAUUUGAGAGGCUGCCUGUGAGUUUGUACUAAUGGCCUCAUUCUGCAGGAUCUGGACUCACAUCCAUGGUUCAAAGGGACUGGAGUAAGCUGCACUGCAACCCAGAACAGAACAGCCAUGUUCUGGGACUGCCCUGAUUCCAUGCCAGUAUUUCUCAAGUCCCUUUUCCAGCCUCUCUGUGCGUGUGUAUGUGUAACUGACAUCCCUAUGUAAGUAUUGAGGUGUGUGUGAGCUGACAGUGCACCGUGGCAGUGCUUCUCCAAAUGCUAAACCUUCUGCAUAGCCUUGCAUUUCUCAAGAAUCGAGGACAAACAGGUUUUGUACCAAAACAUCUGAACUUGCACACCAGGGCAGUCCUCAUGGUCAGCACAGGCUGGGGGAGUAGGUGAUAGAAAGCAGCCCUGCAGAAAAGGGCUUGGGGCUGCUGGUGGGGGAGAGGCUGGACAGGAGCCAGCAGUGGGCACUUGCAGCCCAGAAGGCCAAUGGAAGCCUGGGCUGCAUCCAAAGCAGCAUGGCCAGAGGUGGAGAGAGGGGAUCCUGCUCCUCUGCUCUGCCGAGACCUCACCUGCACUGCUGUGCCCAGCUCUGGAGCCCUCAGCACAGGAAGGACAUGGACCUGAUGGAGCAGGGCCAGAGGACACCAUGAAAAUGAUCAGGGCCUGAAGCAGCUCUGCUACAAGGCCAGGCUGAGGGAGCUGGGGGUGUUCAGCCUGGAGAAGAGAAGGCUCCAGGCAGAGCCAAGAGCAGCCUGCCAGGACCUGAAGGGGGCUGCAAGAAGGCUGCAGAGGGACUGCAAAGGCCUGCAGGGACAGGAUGAGGCAAUGGCUUGGAAUGAGAGCAGAGCAGAGUUAGAUUAGGAAUAAGUUCUUUAGCAUGAGAGUGUUGGAACACUGCAACAGGUUGAGGCUCCAUCCCUGGAGAUGUUUAAGGUGAGGUUGGAUAGGACUGUGAGCAACCUGCUCCAGUGGAGGAUGUCCCUGCUGAGUGCAGGGGGGUUGGACUGGCUGAGCUGUGGAGCUCCCUUCCAGCCCAGCUCAUUCUGUGUUUCUCUUGACAUUCAGUUUUAUCAGAGAAUGACAGAGUGGUUUGGGUUGGAAAAGACCUCCAAAGAUCACCCAGUCCAAACUCCUCUGCAGGCAGCAGGAGCACCCAUGGCCCUGUUGGGUCUCCCCUUCCUUUCUGUGUGUGAGUUUCAGGUGUUCUGUUGAGGUGUCUGUAAAAAGAGGGCUGCAAGGAAUGACUUGUGUGUGCCACUCUGUGCAGUGGGUGUUCGACACAGCUGGCACUCGCAGCCCCUCGCUGCUGUACCCAGAAGGAGCUGCAGUGCUACCCUUGACCUUGGCUUUGUAUUUUACCUGUUCUGCUGCUGAUGGUUUCAGCGCCAGCGCAAACCUCUGUGCUCGCCCAGCACUGGCUUUGCAAUGGACCUCGCUCAUCGUGCAGCUGGCUCCGUGGCUUUAGCAGCUCUCGGGACAAAGCCUGGAGCCAGUGGAAGAACCAGGACUGUGCUGGGAAAGAGAUGAAGGAAAUAGAGGCCCCAAGAAGAUCCAUGAACUUGAGCAGCUGCCGGCCAAAGGUGCCUGGGAGUGGCUUGCUCUCCUUUCCAAAGGACCACACUCAGCCUUGCUGCAAGCCCCAAGCGAUGUCCAGACACUUAACUGCUGCUAAAAUGUUAUUUUCAUAUAGUUUAAUGGAAAAAAUAAGGAACUGUGGGGGGAGCAGGAAAUUGUUUGCAGCUCCAGGAGGAACAGGGCACCUCUCUGUGCAGCUGCUCGGAGGGAGGAAGGGAGUGGGUUUUGUUUACACAGGAGCCAAAGCCUUCAUUUAGCAAGUGCACCUUCUGUGCUUUUGUGGGUUGUUGGGUUGGGGUUGGGGUUCUUUUUGUUUGUUUGCUUUCCUUUCUUCUCAAAUGAAGCACUUCAGAGCAGUGAGUCCUUGAUUCCUCUCCCACUUGUGUGUUUCCCUCAGGAGAAGGGCAGCCUCUCCUGGCUUAACUUCCGAACACAUCUCCAAAGGGGGGUGAAAUGUGACUAAUGCUCACGUAAUUGGUUCCAGAAGUACCAAGGUUCUAAUUGCUUCAAGAUUUUAAUUUGCCAGCAAGAAUUUCAGGAGGGACAUUGCAGCUCUCAGCUGCCAGGCUCAUUUUUAACUGGGUUUGAAGGCUAUGCCACAGUCCAGCUGUAGAACUGGUGGAGAGUUUGUGUGAGCCUGUUCCAGGACAGGACAGGGGCACUGGGUGGAAGUUGAGGCUUAGGAAGUUUCAUGUAAACACAAGGAGGAAUUUUUGCCCUGUGAGAAUGAGAGAACCCUGGAACAGGCUGCCCAGGGCAGUUGUGGAGUCUCCCUCUCUGGAGAUACUUAAAGCCUGCUUGGAUGUGUUCCUGUGUGAUCUGGUCUAGGUGGUCCUGCUCUGGCAGGGGGGUUGGACUGGAUGAGCUGUGGAGUCCCUUCCAGCCCCUGACAUUGAGUGAUUCUGUGGUUGAUUCGCCUUAAGUGUGCUAAAUCUGGCUGAGGGAGCCCCGGUUGCACAUGAAAGGCAUCGUGGGAAUGCAGCUUCCCUUCUGGCAGCCUGACCAGAGUCUCUGGCAGAUCAAUGAAUUCAAAGCCAGGUCUAUAGAGAGCUGGGCUCAACUUGAAAGGAAUCUUCACUUGGAGAUCCUGCUUUGAGAAGCCAGCUGCCCCUGAAUAUGCCUUUGCAGCACAGAGUCAUACAAUCAGUCAGGGUUGGAAGGGACCACAAGGAUCAUCCAGUUCCA